AUGGGUGUCUCCAUCAUCCAAGAGCAGCAUGAGAUCAUCAUCGACACGAUCAAGCGCAUAACCCAAGGCGACUGGAAAGUGCUCGUGGUGGACGAAGAGUCGAAAAAGAUCCUCGAUAAUGUCGUCAAAGAAGAUGAUAUCCUCAACCAAAACAUCGCAAACAUUGAGCGCAUCGAGGACAGGAGAGAGCUGAACCCCACAAUGGACGCAAUCUACUUCGUGUCACCUCUGCCAUACGUUGUAGACUGUCUCGUACAUGACAUUGAGGCGCGGCGAUACAAAAAGAGCUUCCUGCUCUGGACGGCUGUGCUUGAACCGCAACUCAGGAGGAGGAUCGAUGGGUCACCACUGGCUAAGCAAAUGAUCGGCGGCUUCGAGACAUUGUCGAUAGACUUCUUCCCGCGGGAAUCGCACGUCGUUACAUUCAGAGAUCCUUGGAGUUUUCCUGUCCUUUAUCAUCCGGCGUGCAAUGGCUUGGUUGCAAAGCACAUGCGAGAGCUGGCGCAAAAGAUUACUGGACUCUGCGUUGCACUUGGAGAAUUCCCCAAAGUCAGAUAUUAUCGGCCAAGGGCUCCAAUACAUGAGGCUAGUGUGCUCAGCUCUCACUUAGCGAGAUUCGUAUCCGAAGAGCUCGACGAGUAUAUGCGAUGGAAUCAGGGAUUUCCGCCGCCAUCUGCGAGACCGCAAGGUAUCCUGCUAGUUACUGACAGAUCCAUGGAUUUGAUGGCUCCACUCGUCCACGAAUUUACCUAUCAGGCCAUGGCGCAUGAUCUACUCCCAAUCAAAGACAAUGGCAAGACGACCUUCCACAUGACUGUCAAUGAAGACAGUCCAGAGGCCGAGGAGAAAGAUAUGGAACUAAGCGAUAAGGACAAAGUUUGGGUGGACAACCGUCAUCGGCACAUGAAAGAUACCAUUGACAAGCUCAUGGGCGACUUCCAAAAGUUUCUGGAUCAGAACCCUCAUUUUACGAACGCAAACAGCGAUACAACCAGUUUGAAUGCCAUCAAGGACAUGCUGGCUGGUCUGCCGCAAUUUCAGGAGAUGAAGGAGACAUACUCACUCCACCUGACAAUGGCUCAAGAAUGUAUGAAUAUCUUCCAACACCACAAGUUACCGGAUAUCGCCUCUUCGGAGCAGACCAUGGCGACGGGCCUGGACGAAGAUUUCAGAAAACCUAAAAAUGUUUUGGAGUCGGUGGUCCAGCUACUGGAUGAUGACGCAAUUACGCAAGCAGACCGCCUUCGUCUCGUCAUCAUGUACGUUCUCUACAGAGGCGGUGUGAUUGUGGAGGACAUUCAGCGGCUUCUUGCUCACGCGUCUUUGCCGAGUCAGGACGGUGAGAUUAUACAGAAUCUGGAAAUUCUAGGUGGGCGGACUACGCGUGGUCUGAAGGAACCAAAGCACGAUACCACGCCCGUCUUCCCGAUUGAUCCCAAGCUCAUGGUCCCUAAUGAGGAGUAUGCGCUUUCCAGAUUUCAGCCUGCCCUAAAACCAUUACUGGAACAAUUGUGCCGAGGUGCUCUAGAUCAGACACAGUUUCCAUAUGUGAAACCACCGCUCGACCCCAACGAAGAUGCCAUCAUUGGCCAAGGCUCUCUCCGCGCAGCGAAACCAAGUUGGGCAGGCACUGGCCGUCGUGUGCCUGAAAAUAGGCAACGAAUCAUAAUCUUCAUGGCUGGUGGUGCCACAUUUUCCGAGUCUCGGGUCUGUUACGAGGUUGGCAAUGCGCUCAAUCGUGAUAUUUUCCUCGCAACCAGUCACAUGCUUACUCCACAACUAUUUGUUCGCCAGGUUGGCGAUCUUGGUGUUGACAAGCGACGACUCGAUCUGCCCAUGGACCGGCCACCAAAACGGGCCCCCGCGCAUGUUUAUGAGCGGCCCGCACCGCCAAUGGCCGCAGCGCCUCCGCCGCCGAGCAUGGUACCAGGAGGCUUGCCUCAGCAAAGACGACCGGUGGGAGGAGGAGGAUUACCCAGCGGUCCCCGGGUGGGCGGUAGCCCAGCGCCACAACCACCAACACAGGCAAUGGGUCAGAUGAAUCUGGGAGGAGGCGCCGCCAGCAGACCUCCGCCUGCAGCAGCCAAUGGUGGAAGAGCUAGCCCAGCUCCCAGCAGCCCCGGCAAUGUUGGGGCAGAGAAGGAGAAGAAGAAGAGAAACUUCCUCGGACUCAAGAAGAAGAGCCACGGAUAG